UGCUGAAGUCCCCAGGGUGUUUUUCAUUUUGUACAGAGACCAGCUCCGUCAAACAACUACACUACAAUAAAUCUCGAAACAGCGCAGAAGGGCCAUCAUCAAAAUGUUUUCCUCCAUCGUAUUUAUCAUGGCUUUGCAGUUCUCACUCAUUGAAGCUAUUCCUGACGUCACCGAUUACACUCGUCUCGGCUGUUUCAAAGACAACUGGAUCCGCACAAUGUCCGAUGUGUUAUCGAUGAACGUAAAGUCGGUUGCCGAUUGUGCUAAGCUUGCAGCAAGAAAAGGCUACUCAGUGUUUGGAGUCCAGAAUGGAAAGGAGUGUUACUCUAAGGAAACAGCAGCUGCAACGUACAAAAACCUAGGAGUCUCGUCCGGCUGUUCCAAUGGCAUGGGGGGAAUCUGGGCUAACGAAGUGUAUGAGUUCAGAGUUUCCUACAAGCGUCUUGGUUGCUACGGUGACAACAAUGCCAACAGAUCAAUGAGCAAGCAUUAUGGAAAGUGGGACAGAGAUGUUGCAGUUCGCACAUGCGCAGAUAAUGCCCGCAGUGAUGGCUAUUCCGUUUUCGGCGUUCAAUCUGGAGGGAACUGUUAUUCUGGUGCGGACGCGGCGUCAACUUACAACAAGCAUGGAAACGCUUCGAACUGUGAUGCGGAUGGCACAGGAGGGUCCCUUAGCAACGAGGUUUACCAGUUACAAGAUGUCAAUUGCUAUCAGUGCAGCAGCAAAUCCAGCUGUAGUCCGGUCACGUGUUCAAACCAAGCAUACUGCUACGUCAUGAACCAGACCAAGGUGAUCGCGGGCGAAAAAAGCCGAGUGACGACUGCUGGAUGUAUGUCCAACUGCACAGAUACAGGAAAACAACAUGGCUGCGCUGGAAAGACAAACUGCCAUAUCUCAUGCUGCCCUUAUGGAUAUUGUAACAAUCCCGACGCUCCUAACAAUUACCCAAAAUGCUAUUACUGCAACUCGAAAGUCUCGUCAGAAGACUGCACAGAGAAUCAGUAUUUGAUUGAAUGCAGUCUAAUGGAAGGAGCUCAGUCUAACUGCUUCACGAAGCAUAACAACGGAACCUACGAGAAAGGCUGCUCCAGAGACUACCUGACCUGUCUGCUCGCUACCGGGGUAUGCUCUGGCAAAGGUUCCGCCGAGUGUUCAUAUAAAUGCUGCAGCGGUCUAGGAUGCAACGGCGCCUUUAGGGCAGGGGUCAGCGUACUCUUCAUACUCGCAUGCGCAGUUAUAGUCAAUUUGUUGUCCUGAUUGUUGUAAAAGAGACCGCUGACCCGUGAACAGUAGCAUGAUAGCCGGUUCUUAUUCGAGGUUAACGGGAAAUUCUGUUUUCGAAUACUGGGAGUUCUGUGGGAAGCGAAGGCCGAGGUGCGCUGGUACGAGGAAGCACACUGGCCUCCUAUCCUCCGCAGACAACUCUACUCUGUAAUGGCCUUUAUUCAGAUUAGGAUUUCCUGUGUUUGCGAUUUUAGGACGCGGGAGACUGGUACCUCCCCCUACGUUUUUUUGCCACAAGAACUCCGCACCGAAAAAAACGCUUUUUCAUUCCGAUGAGAAGAGAUGACUGCGGAGGAAGCUGGAAGCACCCUCUCCCAACGCUCCUCGGCCUUUUCGCGCCAAAGAAUUCCCAAUAUUCAAAAACAAAACAUUUUCGCAAAACCCCGAGUGAGAGCCGGCAAGCAGGCUGCGUAAACAGCGGAGAAAAUAUACGCAGAAUGUUUGUUCUAUUUGCACUAAAAAGAGAACUCCCUAAUUCUAAAGUUUACUCUAAAAAAUAAAACUCUGUUAGAGCCUGGUUAGAUUUAGAUUAUGUGUGUAUGAUAAGUUAACUCAACGGUCAAGAAAAAAAGUGUUUUCCCUCAUAUUUACCUCAGACUUAGCGGUCACUUCUAUUAAGCAAGGGGCGCCCGUUCCGUUUGCCAAAUACCACUGCAUUUGACCUUUAUUAAGCGGUCACUUGGCCGAGGUUCACCCAGUUUGUAGUUCAAUUAUUUUGCCAGAUUGUCGUCAAUGACUCGCACCUUAUAUAUUUUAGAGCUCGGCAAUAAUUAACACUGAUGCAUCAAGUUGCCGUAUUAUCUUUAUAGACUGUUUGUGAAUGGAUAAAUGUAGAGCUUGUGUUAUUAAUACGUUUUGGGCUCUGUUAAGCGGUCACGUGGUCCAGCCCCGAAGGUGUCCGAAGGAGUGAUCUCCUAAACCAUUAAUAUAUUACAUUCUUUUAUUAUAUGAAGAAAACGUUGUCGUUUUGAGGGACUGGUACCGAGGACUCUUAGUUUCUUUUCAGAUACUUUCUCCCUUGACCAAAGAUUCUCACAGUCACUGUUUUUCUCUCCUGAUUACAAGUCAUAAUGUUUACGAAGCACCUGCGGUACGGCAACCUUAAAAAUGACAAAAUUAUGCAGUUUUUCCAAAAAAGGUAUAUUAGUUUCCUUAUAUGGAAGUUACCGCGUUUGGCAAAAACGACAAUUUUUGGCUAAAUUUUUUUGAUGUCAAUAUAUUCGAGCACCAAUGUAAUAAAGCUUCACGUGAAACCACAAUAAAAUAAAGGCGGUACCUUUCAAA